AUGCGUAACAAGCAAAUUCUUCGAAAGCUGGUGCGUACCGGAAGACAGAAGCUCGCGUCCCUCGAGGAACACGAACCAGGCAAGUUAUUAAAUCGCCACCUGCUCUGUCGAUCUUUGAACAAAUGGAUAUCCAUGCAUAAGAAGCCUCGGAAGUCUAGUUGGAUCGAUGAGAGGGAAGAAGAGGACAAGAAUAGUUUUUCAUGGGAUGAUGAGAGCGAUUUCCAGACGGUUGGAAGUUUGACAGAAGUUCCCCAAUAUCCCCCUUGCAAUGGCCUCUCUCCCCUUGAAACCCUGGCUUUAGCCGCAGAGUACCUUUAUCCUUUAGGCCAGAAUCAGUCUGGCUCUCAGUUAGCCGUCUCGUAG